GUUUCUUCCGAACCGGAUGUGGCGUGUCCGUCCAUAUCUACAUAUGGGCGGUGUCUUGGACACAAUGAGUUAAGCUAGCAGUUGAAACGCACGGCGUGUCUGCUGCUAACAUUUUAUCGAGCUGCAAAUAUAAAAGAGACUGAUCUGCUCGUAAGACUUCCAAGAAGAUAUUUUAAUCUGGUAAAAUGAGUCAAACUGACCAAUUCCCCCUGGACUGCAAGGUUUAUGUUGGGAAUCUAGGAAACAAUGGAAACAAGACCGAGUUGGAAAGUGCUUUUGGGUACUAUGGUCCUUUAAGGAGUGUUUGGGUUGCCAGGAACCCCCCAGGCUUUGCUUUUGUAGAGUUUGAAGAUCCCAGAGAUGCCAACGAUGCUGUGAAAGAACUGGAUGGAAGACACAUGUGUGGCUGUCGGGUGCGUGUUGAGCUGUCCAAUGGGGAGAAGCGCUCAAGGAGCCGUGGUCAUCCUCCGUCCUGGGGUAGGCGGCCUCGCGAUGACGUAAGGCGACGUAGUAGUCCUCCUGUCAGGCGCAGGAGGAGGAGCCGCAGUCGCAGCAGCAGGUCUCUCUCAAGAGACAGAGGGAGACAACGUUCUGUCUCCAGAGACAAGAAGUGCCCACGAUCAAUUUCCAGGUCAAGGAGUCGUUCCCGAUCCAACGACAGAAAAUGAGGACUUCAAACUAUCUGUGGACCUUGCGAUGUUUGGGGAAAAUUCUAAUUUUUAUAGUCCUGUUUUUCUUUCUUCCUGGGUUCGUCAAGUUACAUAUUGUGUAUUGCCAGUCUGUUGAAUUAACAUCAAAGGACUGUAGUCUUUCUCUGCUAAAGCAAAUUCUAUUUCCUCCUGCAUGUUUUGAGAUGGGAUACUGGAUUUAGUUUAACAUUACCGUGUUUUUUUUAAAACUGUUUAAUUAAAGCUCAUGUAAUGGUUUUAUUUUUUGUUUUUUUGUUUUUUUAAUUCUUGAUUGACUCUUACCGGUAAUGGAUUCAUGGUGAUCUGCUUGUAGAGCAUAUGUUCUACCUGUGAUCUAAAUCAGGCUGGCAGCAAAUGUUAAAUAUUGGCACUGUAAUUUACAGGCUAUUUAAGCCAAACCGCAUCUAAUCCUGUGUUUUACCCAUGUUACUUUUGCAAAAAAAAACAUCUACUCUAUUCGACUUUGCUUGACUCUCAGCUGACAAUUUGUGCUGCAGAUGAACAACUUGUUCAAUAAAUGGUUUUCCAAGGUGA